GGGCUUGUCCGUUCCUCUGUUUUAUUAUUCUCUGCCUCUGCCGUUGGUUGAUGCUGUUCUUCUGUGUCGGUAAGACAAAACUCAAUUAACCUAAGGUGAGAGUCUUUGUUUAAGAUAUGGACAAGAUCACUGGAUUUUCUGAUGAUGAAUUGCUCGUAAAGAUCUUAUCAUUUCUUUCAACAAAAGCUGCUGUUAGAACAAGUAUUUUGUCGAAGCAGUGGAAGUUUCUUUGGAGGCGGAUACCAAAACUUGAGUUUCACGAUGACAUUAAAAACUAUAUACUCUCCAUGAGGGGUGAGAGUAGAACCGAUUCUUUACUGUUAGAAGGAAGCCAGAGGAUGUGGCGUUUUAUUGACAUGAAUCUGCCAUUACAUUGCUCUCCCGUAAUAGAGAGCUUGAGUCUUACGUUAUACAAUGAACUAUUUCAACCUGAAGAUAUUAUAUUGUGGGUUGAAAUUGCAGUUUCUCGUUGUGCUCAAGAGCUAAGCGUUAGCUAUUCUCCUUACAAGGGAAAACGUGAUGCAUUACUGCCGACUAGCUUGUAUACUUGCAAAUCACUCGUGACAUUGAAACUAAGAGACAACAUUCUCGUGGAUGUUCCUCAUGUUUUUUGCCUCCCCUCCUUGAAAACUUUGCACCUUGUACGUAUGACAUACGCAGAUGAAGAAUCUCUUCAACGGCUUUUGUCUAAUUGCUUUGUUUUGGAAGAUCUGGUUGUGGAACGACGUGUAGGUGACAAUGUGAGAAAUGUUUCUGUUAUCAUCCCAUCAUUGCUUAGUUUAUCUUUUGAGAUUUUGGGUCAAUGUUCUUCGGAAGGGUAUGUGAUACAUACUCCUUCUUUGAAGAAUUUCAAAGCUAAAGAUUUUGGUAAGUGUUCCACAUGUUUGAUAUUGAAUAUGCCUAAGCUGGAGGAGGCAUAUAUCGCCACUGCUGGUCGCAAUAUCAAGAAGCUUCUUGAAUCUUUCACAUAUGUCAAGCGUCUUUCAUUGUUCAUACUAAACAACAAUGCAGAGGCUUUCACUGCUGUAUAUGGUGGUGACGAUGUUGUCUUUAAUCAGCUUGAGAAUCUGAAGUUUAUCAUCCGUAGCGCAUAUUGGUCCAAGUUACUAUACUGGUUGCUCAUAGCUUCUCCCAAACUUCGAAACUUGGAGUUCAAUGAACCAAUUUCACGUGGAUGGUAUAAUACACUGGUUUUCUGGGAGCAAGAUACUUGUGUUCCUCAAUGUUUGUGGUCGAGUCUCCAAACUUUGAAGUGGUUAGGUAACCAUGAUUCCAUAGAAGGGAAAGCUCUGGCGACAUAUAUUUUGAGAGAGUCUUGCCAGUUAAAGACUGCAACAAUUUCGAUCGGACAAGGACAAAAGAAGCUUGAGAUGGAGAGGGAGGUGAAAUGUUGUUUCCGUGGUUCACCCACAUGCAACCUCAUAUUCAGUUGAGGAUUUAAAUCAUUACGUUUGAAAGAGAUAUAUAUAUAUAUAUAUAAGACUGUAACAAUCUUGCAAAUGACAUCUUAGGAUUUGAUCUAUUAAAGUUUUUGUUGCAUUUGAUUUAAUUUAGAUGAUUUUGUAGUGUUGAUGUUUUAUUCAAAAGCAACUUACUCCA